AUAUUUUAUUGAUUGAGGUGAGAGGUGUAAGGUUGAAAUUCCUUUAUCGUCAUGGUGACUUGUAAACAAUUGGCUAGAUAAAUAAGAAGAUAUAUGAAAACCAAAGUUUCAUAGCAUUAUUAACGAGCUACAUUGUUAUAAAUUAUAAUAAACAAAACUUGAUAUAAAAAUACAUUUAUUUAUCUAAAAAUAUAGUCAUUGUGAUAGUAAUAAUUGAGUAGUGUCAUCAGGUCAACAGUAUCAAAACAAGUUACAAGUUACAAGUGUUAUAUCAGUUGACAAGUUGAUGAUAGUUUGGUGACUAAAGGCUUGAGAGUAAAUUCAAAGGAAGGACGUAAUCAUGGAAAUGGAAAUGAAUGCUGAAAUGGAAAGGGAUGAUAGUGACAGUGGUGAACCAUCAGCUGUUGGAAGCUCAGCCGGCAGUAUAUUUUGUUCACUCGAAAAAGAUUACGCUCGAAUCCUGGAUGAAAUGAAGACAAACGAGGCAUUGUCAAGUUUUGAAGCUGAGUAUACUAGAUUAUUUGAAAUGCUAUACAAAUGUCGUCGAGAUGAGGAAAAUAUGAUGGAAGGAUUUCGUCAACUUCAAGACUCUGUAAUAGAUAAAACCAGUCAAAUUUACGAGCUUAAAAAAAAAAUAGAGAGCCAAGGUAAUGAAAUGUCAAAACUCAAAGAUGAAAUUGUUGGUGCAUUAAAACUUGCUGAUGCUGCUCAUACACGCGAACAAAAUUCACAAGAAAUUAUUGAAAAUUUAAGGCUAUCAAUUUUUAAAUUAAAUCAUGAAAUUGAACAAAGAAAUCGUCAACUUGCACUUGAUGAAAAAAACAAUCGUGAUACCAAGCAAAAAGAAAAUUAUGAUAAAGAAAAAGAAAAAUUAACAAAUGAACUUGAGACAGUGAGACAACGUUUGAAGUGUGUCAAUGAAUAUAAUGAAGAACUUGAAAAAAAAUUAAACACAUCUGAACAACAAAUUAAUGUUAUGCAAGAAAAUAUUGAUGUACAAUCAAAUGAAAUAUCAAAAGAACGAAUAAUACGUGAAAGAAUUGAACGAGAAUUUCAAGAAUUAAUGGAAGAAUUUAACAAUAGAAAUAUAGAAUUACAGUCAGCAAAUACAACGAUCCAAACAGCAACAACAAACUUGACCAAACUGGAUAAUUCGCUGCGAGAACAAAAAAAUACAAACGAUAAGCUACGAAAAGAAAUGAACAAAUUGAUGGUUGGUAAAAUGAACUUACGAAAUGAACUGGACAACGCAAAUCGAUUGAUUGGUGAAAUGGAAAAAUCUAUAAAAGACAAAGAAAAAGACUAUAAAUUACUGGAGCAUGAAAUAAGGAGAUUGAAAGAGGAAGCCGCAAAAUGCAAGGCUGAGAGUACCUGGAUGUCGAGUAAGUAUGCUAAAAUCGAUAAUGUACGGGUCAAAGUGGAGAAGGACCUGGAGCAUGUUAAGCAUUCAUUGAAGAAUGCAGAAAUUCAAGUACAAGCAUUGAAUCGCCAAAUUAUUGAUGAAAAAAAAAUUAAUGAUAAUAUUAUACGUGAAAAAAAUGAAUUAACAAAACAAUUAAAAUUACUUAAAGAUAAUAUUAAAAAUAUGCAACAAUUAAUUGAUUGUAAUGAACAAAAUAAACGUAAAAUACAAAUGGAUCUUGAUCAGGCGCUUAAUUUACUUGCUUCAAUGACUAAAAAAAAUGAGGCACUUGAAAAAGAACGUGAAAAGUUUAACCAAGAUAUCAAAAACCUCAUGCAGCAGAUUGAUGACCAUGCAAAUCAAUUAAAAUCAAAAGAUUAUGAAUUGAUGGAUUAUAAAAAACAAUUAUCAGAUCUUGAUAUUAAAUUUCUACAACAACAAAAUUUAUUUGAAGCUGUAAGAUCUGAAAAAAAUACAUACAGUAAAAAUUUAUCUACCGCCAAUGACGACAUCCUAGAACAACGUGAGAAAAUAAAACUUUUAAAUGGACAAAUUGAACAGCUAAAAGAAAUUAUAUCAGCCAAAGAAUCCAAUACUACAAAAGGAGAAUUUUUAUUGGGAAAAGCUGAAAAAGAAAAAGAAUCAGCACGUCUUGAAUUGCAAUCAGCUAAAAAAGAAUUGUUUGAUCUUCGACGUGAGUUAGAAAAUAAUAAAAAAGAAGAAAAAAAUUUACGUCAAAAUGUUAAAAAAUAUGAAAUGGAUAUAAAUAGAUUAGAAAAAGAUAUUGACAUGAUAUUAAAUGAACGUGAUAUAUUGGGUACACAAAUUGUUAGAAGAAAUGAUGAAUUAUCAUUACAAUCAAUUAAAUUAAAAGAACUUUAUUCAACAUUACGUAAUGGUGAAAAAAAAUAUGCUGAAAAAAUUGAUGAUAUUAGACUGUUAAAGCUUGAAAUAAAAAAGCUAAAUACUGAAAAGCUAUUGUUAGAUAAAAGUUUAAAAAAUAAUGGUAAUUUAAAAAUUGAAGUAUUUCAUUUGGAUCGUGAUUUAACAAGAGAACGACUUAAAGUUAUUGCUCUAGAAGAAGAAAUACAAAACCCCAUGAACAUUCAUCGAUGGAGAAAACUUGAGGGUUCUGAUCCUUCUUCAUUGGAGUUGAUAAAAAAACUUCAAUGUUUUCAAAAACGUAUAAUAAAAAUGAACAAUGAAUUGACAUUUAAAGAUGAAAAGAUAAAACACAGUGAAAAAUGUUAUUUAGAAAUUUUCGAAACAAUUAUGAAACAACCGAGUCAAGAAAUUAUUGAUAAUUUUGAAAAAACUAAAAAUACAUUACGUGAACGUGAAAAUAAAAUAAAGGGUAUGCUGGGUGAGCUUAACAUGUGGGAAAGUCGUGCCAACGAAUACAAAUAUGAACUUGAUAAUGUUGUCAAAGAACUUCGUGAUUUGAAAAACAAGUAUUAUUUAUUAAAAAAAGAAAAUAAUAAAAAUGCCAUGAAAAAUAAUGAUGUUAAAAAUUUAAAUGAAAGUUUUUCAUCAUUACCACAAGUAACAUCAAGUCAAAAAAAAUUUUUCGGUGGUGGAUUUACUAUGACAGUUGCACCUUCAAGAAAUUGUUAUAGUCUUGAAACAGUUCGUAAAUAAUA